AUGGCUACGGCGCCUUCGGCCAACAUUCAUGAAUGUCGAGCGCUGGCGCAAAGAUGCUGGAGCCAGUGUCGAGAUUCAGCUUCAUCCUUUAGGCUCCUAACUGGUAGUGUGCGCCAGCUGCGCAACACUCUGGAGGAAGUUGAAGAACUAGUCGAAGACUUCCGGACGCUGGGCCCAAACGAUCUGAAGCUGCUUCACGAUGUAGCGAGAGCCAGGAAAACGCUACAGCAACUGCACUCUGCACUGGAAGCCCACUGCGGUCCGGGAUAUGACACCGUCAACGAGAACGACGUCUCAGACAUCAAGACGAGUCUGGACGUCACCAACCGCGAGUUGUCUUCGGCGCUUGCAGCGGUGACUGGGGGCGAGAGCCAGGUACAGGCUCAGCUGGACAUCCGCACCAGUGCAGAGCCCUCCGGGCCUUCCUCAGUCUCCUCACUAUCUGGCAGGUCGGAUAGCGCAUUCGAUCGCAAGUCAAGUCGCACAUCGAGCGCUUGGUCGCCAACUCGUUCAGAUGCCGCCAACCGAAAUAGGGCGCAGCAGCAAAUUAGCGAUGAGAAGGAAGUGCACGAUUUUGGGCGAGAGUACCUUCGGUCCCUGUCGCCAAUGAAUGCAGAGGAUAGUAGAGCUUCUUUGGACUGGAGGUCACCUUUCGCCUCUCCUGACCCGCUAUCAAUGAGCUUCGAGCAGGCUUCUGCAAUGAUUAUGACUGAGGAGGACGAUGCCGCCAUGAGUGCUACUUCCGGCCCAGCUAUGUUCUCAAACCCGCCCGCGGAGCUUGAGGUGCCAACGCAAGUAAUCUCUGCAGUGGAUUCCGCGUCUAACAGCGGAGAACAAUCCGAUUCAGGUUCCGCAGCGUCGACCACAUUCUCGAGUCCGCAAGCAGAGCAUGCGAAGACGUUGGGAUCAAUCUCGAAGCCCAACGACCCAGACCGGAACGGAGAACAGCCCGAGGGCACACAUCCAGUCCCCUCGCCGCAAAGAAAGAGAAGUAGCUCGGAUUCGGCAGUUGCAACCACCAACGAUGCGAGCAUCGAUCCCGUCGUCCGCAGGGCCUCAACAAUGGAUAUGACACACCUAAGUCCAAUGUCUGCUGCAACAAACUUCAGCUACAAGAGGCGAAACAGUUCACUAUCUUCGAUAUGUGAGACGGCCGAGCAAGAAGCCAAGCCAGCUAGGCGAAAGCAUAUCGCUUCUCUCGUGGUUCUCGAUCGCAGCAAAUCCAGCAUAAGCCUGUGUGAACCAGUGGAAGCAGUAGCUCCUAAUGCGGAGCAGGAGAAUGGUGACGCCGUCGACCUGCUCAGGAAUGAGCUGAGCCUCGUGUUUGGAAACACGGCCGAUGCUGAGGAAGAGCAGCCUCCAACCCCUUCAACUCCUCCACCUGAGCCUACGCCAACAGACUCUCCACCCAGCGCACCUGCGUCUCCAGCAGCACCGGCUCGCCAGCCUCCACCACCACCUUCUCCGCGAAGUACCAGGUCGUCAGCGCGCACAUCAGCAUAUCGGAUCGUCAACGCUCCGGUCAGAGAGGACAGUUCAUCAGAGGACGAAUUGCCGGCUUCUCCAAAACCGGUGGUAUCACUGGAGAUACCACGAGUCUCGGUUGCCGACCACGAUGAGGAGGUCGCGAGCGGUGUUGUCGCUGGAUGUUCUGUGGAGGACCCUGAGGGUGCUUCUACGACGACGACGGCUACUGGCCACCUCUCAAAAAGUCGUGCAGAGCCUCUCGAGCUGGAAAAGCACAGCAAGGAUCAGGACCAGGACCAGGAUCAGGAUUCUGUCGAGAUGCCACCGCCGCUCCCUAGUCGUCCUUCGAAGGAUGGAACGGGCAAUGGGGGCCGAGAUUCUCAGCAGGGCGUGGUGGCGCUCGCCGCGUCCUCCUCAAAGCUAGCUACAGCAUUCUCAAUGGACACCAAUAGGCUCGCGAAAGCGAAACUUGUUGAUGUCAGCAAGGAUAAACCAAGCAAAGGCAGAUCUCCGCUUAACACCCAGACUGUCAGUCACGCACCCAAGAAGCAAUCUAGCGUGGACACUGCGAUGAAUGGCCUGAAGCCGAGCUUGUGGAAGGAGACCAUGGACUCGUAUAAAGGCAGCUGGCGACAGAGCCGGGCCGCGCUGACGUCUGAUGUGAGGGCUUUACCUGCUCCGACAGAACUGCAAGACACUCCGGUGACAGAGUGGUAUACUCCUGAGAAGACGAGUCUCGACGUGGCCGGGCCCGACCCGUCUGCACUUGACAACGAGCGUCAGUACCACAUCGUUCACUUUUUCAACGCUUCCCUGUGGUCGCAGGCUGAAGCCUACUUGAUGGAGUAUCUCUCAAUCCUACGGGAACAGGGCGAUCUUGCACGCGCGAGACGAGUACGCCACCUCCUCGGUGUCUGUGCGAGCUUCCAAGGAGAACUCGAGCGUGCCAUCUCCCUCUUUCAAUCCGUCAUUCGCAGCCCGAUCAGUAACCUAUCUGAGCUCGACGACGGCGACUGCUCGGCAGCAUACUGGCUGGGAGACGCAUACGCCCUGCUCAACAAGCGGACGGAGGCAUUGAUAUCCUACUGCGUCGCGGAACGUAGUUCGCUCUUCCGCACCGGCGAUCUGGCUGGCUUGAGCACUUUGGUGCGGCUCGAGCAGGAGGCAGUCCAGCUUGGAGUGGCCAAGUCUGAUUUCAAGCUUCGCUUUGCUCAAGAAGCCUGGAAGGAUUCGGCGCCACAUGAGCCUGUGUCCAUCUUGGAUACUCAAGCGAUCACUUUGCCAGCAGUCAAAGCGUUACUAGAAAGCGGUAGUGCACCGGACAGGGGCCAGUCAAGCAGCCAGCUUCAGACAGAUCCGAACCGCUACCGCUCCAGCUCUUUCCUAAAGCUCGACAGAUCAGCCCAAGGAGCAGACUAUCAUCGCACUAGAAUCACAGCUGAAAGCUUCCAGCCGAACUCACCUUGGCCGUUGAUGUACGAUCCCUUCUUCUCCAUCGCCAACGUCCGCAAAGGCCGCCUGCUAGCCCACGAAUGCGAUCUCGCAGACCUCUUCACUCGCAACUCAUCCGCCAAAGUCGCAAAGUCAGCGGGCCUCAGUCGAAUUGACGUCUUCACAGCCAACGAUCUCUUUUGGCUGAUCAAAACCAUUCGCGAGUGCCUGCACGUCUACGGCAUGGAGUACAGUGAAGUCGCCGGCCCCCAAAGCACAUGCUUCAUGGUGCGGUACUCUUUCAUGCUCAACCGAGUAGCCACGACGUACUACUUCUCCAUCGCCCUAUUCAAGCAGAGUUUCCGCUCCAACUACGGCGUCGAUAUCUGUCCGGACGGGAUCUGCAGCGCCAGAAUCAUCAGGACGAAUAUUGAUUAUGACAAGGGUGUCAGUCAUACGGAGACCAAGCGUAUCAAGAAGCUGAUGCGUGAGUACCUGGACGAAGCAGCGAAGGAGAAGCCGAAGGUUGGGAGAAGAGCGUCCUCAUUUCUAAUGAGUGGUGGGAGAGGUUCGACAGAUGGCGGCAGAGCGUCGACUGAUGGAGCGCCUCCGCCUGUUCCUCCCAAACCGCUGCAAAGGUCGGGGACUUUGAUGAGACGGGUGCCUUGA